CGUUAUCCAGAGUUUUUUUGAGCUUUGAUUCGUGGUUAAAUAUGUGCUCUAGGCUUGAAAUUCAUACCCACUGACGUGUUAAAAGGAUUUGCCUGACCAAAUCGCCACACAAUCAAGAAAUGAGUAUCAUUUGACCACCGGACAGAGCUCGGAAGAUUUCAGGCAACCCAGUGGCAGUGUUUGGAGCACUGCUAAACUACAGAGAACAGAUCUGGCUCACUUGUCUGCACACUCUGGGACGAUGUCCUCCAUAACAAGUGAGGAAGCCAAGGAGCUGACGGUGCCACUGAAGAAGCCAGAUCACCUGCCAGCGGUGCCAGAUCACCGUGUUAACUACAAAAGACGACCUGCACCAGCACCGCAACACAAGACUGAUUGUUGUAAACAGUUUUUGAUAUUCCUGUCUGCCAUAUUUUGUAUAUCAACCUUAACCCUAGUUGGCAUUUUACUGUGGAGAGAGUUUAGCCACAAAGAAUGUGAUAACAGUCCAGUUCCAGUCCAUGAACAGUUUCCAGGAUACUUUCGAACACAUGAACAGCAGGAGGCACUGGAAGACUUGGUGUUCAAGAAGCAGACGUACUAUCCUGUCAAUUAUUCUGUCGCCAUGGGAUACGAGUGUGACACAAAAUGCUCCGCCUACAACUCAGUCAACUCGUCAAAAGGCAUCCAGUUACUCACCAAUGAUGUGUGCUGUUUAAGGGAUGUAAGAUAUGUGAUGCUAAAAAAUUUAAGCAACCUGGCUGGAAAAGAGAGGAAGAUAGUACAGGGCAAUUCAACAUUCCAGUUUUUCCGUGUAGAAACGUGCAGCCAAAACUCUGGCUGUAGGGGUUGUCAGUGUGUGCAGACCGGCAGACUGAUCACAGCAGUAUACGAAAGUCAAGUGGAGGGUCCGGAGGCAGGUACACAAACCAAAUACAACCUGGACUGGUUUUUGCUACCUGACAACUGCCAUUGUAGGGUGCUGACAUGAUAGAGGGCUCUGAAGGGGAGAGAUUCAGCAGGGAUUCAAACAGUGUGAGAAAACAUGUUUAACAAAAAACAAAAAAAAAAAAAAGACUGCAUCUGUUGAGUGGUUCAAGAAAAAUCUGCUGUUAUGGCCUGGAAGCCCAAAAUACACCUAACAUACCUCUGAUUCCGGUUUUCUUCAUGCAUAUUUAAAAGGGAAAGGAGCCAGUCCAAGGAAAAUGUGUCCAAAGGAAAAUAAUUCUGCAACAAGUGGUGAGGACAAGGACAUGUAUAGCACAGAUGCAGACAGACAGCAUCCUGAGGACAGAAGAGUCGCAGACUACGCCAAAGUAUUAUUAUGUUGUGUCAUGUUGACCUGUCUGUCCAGUCACUGAACACAAACUGCUGUGGUUUUCUUUCAGCAAAAAAAAAAA